AUGUCAAUUAUUGCUGCUAUUUCAAGUCUCGGUUCAGUUCAAAGUUCAUCAUUUAAACAAACUGGUGUUUCAAACUAUACUGCUUCUUCUGACUCUGCAUCAUUUGCUAAAAACAAUAAUGCUCAUCUUGCUGAUGUUAACAUUUUUGCUAACCUUUUAGGUAUCCUCGGUAUUGGUGUUAGUGCUAAAGUUCUUUAA